AUGCGGGCGGUCACGGGGAAGAUGGUGGUGGGCCGGGUGCUCUCGCCGUACCUGGUCGAUCCCACGCUGGUCGUCAACGAGCUCAGAGGACCAUGGCGGCUCCGAGGCAAAGCCGUGGCGCAGCGCGUCACCAGCGAAGACCGUCGCUUCGUCAUCACCUUUAAGGAGGAGGGUGAUCGGCGUCAUGUGCUGCAAGCUGGACCAUGGCAUUUCAGAGACGAUGACGUUGUUCUAGCGGCUUUCGAAGGGAAGGGCGACCCAGCAGACGUACCCCUCGUCUCCAUCAACAUCUGGGCUCAAAUAUGGGGGCUACCGGUGCCGAUCAAAACAGUGGAGAUGGGCUACCUGCUGGGUGGCAAACUCGGCAAGGUCGUGACGGUGUCGCAAGUGAAUAAGAUGAUCGUCGACGAGCACUUGCGUGUUCGGGUUGUGCACCGCCUCGACGAGCCUCUGAGGAAGUUCAUCGACACCAUUGUGACGAUGUCGAAUGGCAAGACAAAUGAGUCCAUCUACUACGUCAAGUAUGAAAACCUUCCUAACUUCUGUUUCUGUUGUGGCAUUCUGGGGCACACCACGGCUACUUUCUGCAACAUCCCAAAAGAGCUCCGACAGCCUUCGUACACCACCGACAUCAAGGCGCCGGCGUUCUGGAAGAACUCGCAGACGGCGGCUGGGUCGGGCCACCACCAGCGUGGGGGCUUGGUAAAGCUUCCCGAAUUUGCCAUGGCUGGGGCGUAA